GUCAUUAUUUUGAGUGGGAGUUGAGGCUUUCGAGCCCGUGUGUUCUUAGUUCUUUAUCCAUUUGCUUAGGUGUUUCGGUAUUUUUUUAAGUUUAAUUUGGUUGGAAUAUCUACACAUUGCAAUAUUUACAGCUUAAUCUUUAAUAUAAUUCUGAGAUAUCACUGUUUGUGGAGAAAAUGAGUGUUGAGGCGUACGGGCCGAGCUCGCAGACUCUCACGUUCCUGGACACCGAGGAAGCGGAGUUGCUUGGAGCAGACACCCAGGGUUCGGAGUAUGAGUUCACGGAUUUUACACUGCCGAGCCAGACUCAAACAGGCCAAACCCAAAGUCAAUUGGACAACCAGGUAAAUGGGCCAGAUGGGGUUUUGCAGAAUGGCGACGACUCUGUUGUAAAAGCAAGUCAACUUCUUGCAGAGUUGAACUUUGAAGAAGAUGAGGAGGACACCUACUACACUAAAGACCUCCCAGUCCACGCGUGCAGUUACUGUGGAAUUCAUGACCCGGCUUGCGUGGUGUAUUGCAACACUAGCAAGAAGUGGUUUUGCAAUGGCCGUGGCAAUACAUCUGGCAGUCACAUUGUGAACCACUUGGUUAGAGCCAAGUCCAAGGAGGUGACACUGCACAAGGACGGCCCUCUGGGGGAGACGGUGCUGGAGUGUUACAACUGUGGCUGUCGAAACGUCUUCCUCCUGGGCUUCAUCCCCGCCAAGGCAGACUCUGUGGUCGUACUGCUGUGCAGACAACCAUGCGCCAGUCAGAGCAGCCUGAAGGACAUCAACUGGGACAGCUCCCAGUGGCAGCCGCUGAUCCAAGAUCGUUGCUUCCUGUCCUGGCUGGUGAAGAUCCCCUCAGAGCAGGAGCAGCUCCGGGCUCGCCAGAUCACCGCCCAGCAGAUCAACAAGCUGGAGGAGCUCUGGAAGGAAAACCCGACAGCCACUCUGGAGGACCUGGAGAAGCCUGGUGUGGACGAGGAGCCCCAGCACGUGCUGCUGCGCUACGAGGACGCCUACCAGUACCAGAACAUCUUUGGCCCGCUGGUCAAGCUGGAGGCUGAUUAUGACAAAAAGCUCAAAGAGUCCCAGACCCAAGACAAUAUAACUGUCAGGUGGGACUUGGGGCUCAAUAAAAAGCGGAUUGCCUAUUUCAGCCUUCCCAAGACGGACUCAGGUGACAUGCGCCUGAUGCAGGGUGAUGAGAUCUGCCUGCGGUACAAGGGAGACCUGGCCCCGCUCUGGAAGGGCAUCGGCCACGUCAUCAAAGUCCCAGACAACUACGGUGAUGAGAUCGCCAUUGAGCUGCGGAGCAGCGCUGGGGCCCCUGUAGAAGUACCGCACAACUUCCAGGUUGACUUUGUGUGGAAGUCCACCUCUUUCGACAGGAUGCAGAGCGCCCUUAAGACCUUUGCCGUGGACGAGACCUCGGUGUCGGGGUACAUCUACCACAAGCUGCUGGGUCACGAGGUGGAGGACGUGGUCAUCAAGUGUCAGCUGCCCAAGCGCUUCACUGCCCAGGGCCUGCCAGACCUCAACCACUCUCAGGUGUAUGCUGUGAAGACCGUGCUGCAGCGUCCUCUCAGUCUCAUCCAGGGGCCUCCUGGCACCGGAAAAACCGUCACCUCAGCUACCGUGGUCUACCACCUGGCCCGCCAGGGCAACGGGCCUGUGCUGGUUUGUGCUCCCAGUAACAUUGCAGUGGACCAGCUGACUGAGAAGAUCCACAUGUCAGGCCUGAAGGUGGUCAGGCUGUGUGCCAAGAGUAGAGAGGCCAUUGACUCCCCUGUGUCCUUCCUGGCUCUGCACAACCAGAUCCGUAACAUGGACAGCAUCCCAGAGCUUCAGAAGCUGCAGCAACUGAAGGAUGAGACUGGGGAGCUCUCUUCCUCUGAUGAGAAGCGCUACCGGGCCCUUAAGCGCACCGCCGAGAGGGAACUACUCAUGAAUGCGGACGUGAUCUGCUGUACCUGCGUGGGGGCCGGAGACCCUCGUCUGGCCAAGAUGCAGUUCCGCUCCAUCCUCAUCGAUGAGAGCACCCAGGCCACGGAGCCAGAGUGCAUGGUGCCUGUCAUACUGGGGGCCAAGCAGCUGAUCCUGGUGGGGGACCACUGUCAGCUGGGCCCGGUGGUGAUGUGUAAGAAGGCGGCCAAGGCCGGCCUGUCCCAGUCCCUGUUUGAACGGCUGGUGGUUCUGGGCAUCCGACCCAUCCGCCUGCAGGUCCAGUACCGCAUGCACCCGGCCCUCAGCGCCUUCCCCUCCAACAUCUUCUACGAGGGCUCCCUGCAGAACGGCGUCACCGCCGCUGACCGCAUCAAGAAGGGCUUUGACUUCCAGUGGCCACAGCCUGACAAGCCCAUGUUCUUCUACGUCACCCAGGGCCAGGAGGAAAUCGCAAGCUCCGGAACCUCUUACCUUAACAGGACUGAGGCUUCCAAUGUGGAAAAGAUCACCACCCGGCUGCUGAAGGCUGGAGCCAAGCCUGACCAGAUAGGCAUCAUCACCCCCUACGAGGGCCAGAGGUCCUACCUGGUGCAAUACAUGCAGUUCAGUGGUUCCCUCCACACCAAGCUCUACCAGGAGGUGGAGAUUGCCAGCGUUGAUGCCUUCCAGGGCAGAGAGAAGGACUUCAUCAUCCUGUCGUGUGUCCGAGCCAAUGAGCACCAGGGCAUCGGCUUCCUGAAUGACCCGCGCCGCCUCAACGUGGCUCUUACUAGGGCCAGGUACGGGGUGAUCAUCGUGGGCAACCCCAAGGCCCUGUCCAAGCAGCCUCUGUGGAACCACCUGCUCAACUACUACAAGGAGCAGAAGGUCCUGGUGGAGGGACCCCUGAACAACCUGAGGGAGAGCCUGAUGCAGUUCAGCAAGCCCCGCAAGCUGGUCAACGCCAUCAACCCUGGGGGACGUUUCAUGAGCACCGCCAUGUACGAUGCCCGGGAGGCUCUGAUUCCUGGAUCUGUGUACGACCGUAGCAGCACCGGACGUACGUCCAACAUGUACUUCCAGACCCACGACCAGAUCGGCAUGAUCGGCACCGGCCCCGGCCAAAUGGCCUCUGUGAACAUCCCCAUCCCCUUCAACCUGGUCAUGCCCCCCAUACCCCCGCCAGGCUACCUGGGCCAGGUGAACGGCCCGCAGGUGGGGCGCGGUGGAGGCAUGAAGGGGAAGGCGGCGGGGGGUGCCGUCGCUCGAGGAAGCCGUCAGAGGAGCCGUGGCAUGGGGGCGCACGGUGGGGGCAACGGGCAGCAGGGCCACGCCGGACCCAGCCAGGACCUGGGCUCCCAGCCCUUCUCCCAGGGGCCCCUCACCCAGGGCUACAUCAACAUGAGCCAGCCCUCCCAGAUGAGCCAGCCGGGCCUCUCCCAGCCCGAACUGUCCCAAGACAGUUACCUUGGCGAUGAGUUCAAGUCCCAGAUUGACGUGGCCCUCUCCCAAGACUCCAGCUACCAGGGGGAGAGAGCAUAUCAGCAUGGUGUUACUGGACUGUCCCAGUACUAGAGUGUUGUGAAAAACAGAGCUAGGCCUGUGCUGAGCUUAGUUCGUCGGCAUUUUAAUCUGGGUAAUGUAAAAAAAAAAAAAGAACAAACAUGGAUACCUGUUUUCCACUGCUACAACUGAAGCACCACUGUGUGAAAGCAACAGGAGAGAGACCGAGAAAAACCAACCAAUCACAAGAGUGAGAGCAACGUGGAGGUGGAGCUGGACAGGACAAAGAGCUGGAAACGAGGGAGGGAAAAGCGAGAAGGCGCUGCCCGCGCGCAGAUACACGGAGAACAGGAAAAGCAGCACACGUCAGGGUAGCGCCGCCAGGGAGACGGGCCCUUCGAUGAGGGGGGGUGAAAGGUUCCGGAUCCUCAUUGGGGACACAGGAGUCACUCCCCAGCCCCUGCCACCUCUUCCUUUCCCCCUGGGGACCGCAAGUUAGUCGACGGAGGGCCUUGGCCUCGGGCAGAAGAAGACUGAGAAGAGGUGUUCUCACACAACCCUCCAAGCUCAUUUCACAUAACUGUCUCCUGCGAACUGUAGAAGGGGGGAAAGAGGGAAUGAAAAUCUUGAAGCAUUCAGACGAUUUGGGAAAAAUUCUAACCUCAAAGUUGAUGCAGUUGAGGAAGCGAGGGGUUUGGACAGACCAAGAGCAGUUGUGGUGGAACGUCUCGGGGAAGGAAUGGAAUGGUGCAGCGGUCCGAGAAUACUGACCGUCUUUUUCAGCUUUGAGUUGGAACGUUUUCUGCAGUCUGUUGUCGCAGAGGUUCUGAAAUGGAAAGCUAGGGGAAUCUUCCUGGCUUCCGCAUGGUUCUUUCUCUAGGUGGUCUACUAAGGGAAAAUGGUGGAAUGGCUAUUAAAGGAAAACAUUGUCUCAAGAUCUGAAGUGGUGGACCUGAAGGAUCUGUAGUUUGCGAGACAAGUUUUUUUUUGUUUUUUUGUGUAUCUUUCUGUAAAACAAAAAGGGAGAGCAUAAAGAAUACCAUUACCAACAUUGUAAAUGAAGCUGUAAUCACUUCCAGUUUGUUAGUUUAAAGGGCAUCACAGCUCCAUAAUAAUAAAAUGUCAUUUAGCAGCUGCUUUAAUAUAAAACGACAAGAAACGCAACAUAGGAAAUGCUUGUAAAACUCACAUAUAUCUUUUACACAGCUAAUUGAUUUACUUAAAGUAAAUGGAAAUUCUCCCUAGAGCCCCAAGUUUGAACAUGAAAUUGUUGUAUUUAAUCAUGUUUUCCAUUAUUGGUCAUGAUUAGCUACUGAUUAGUGGUGUUGCAUGGCAACAUGCAUUUAUGCUCAGAGAGGUUAUAGCCAUCAAGUACCACUGUUGUAAGACUGGGUAGAAUCGUAUGUCUUUGAGAUAACCGACUCCCAAAUACCUUUUGAAGUCUCUGGCAACUGUUAAACGUAGACUUUCACCGCUGGCUCAUGUGACGUUGACUAAUAUGGACGAAGCAUAUGAACUCUCAAUUUCUAACCAUACCUCGACAAGAUUCUUGACAGGCAAGAGGCAGUUCUGCCAGUAUGUGUGGAUGUUCUAGAUACUGGGCAUAAUUGUAUAUUCAUUGCUCAAUAGACAGUGUGUUCUUGAUUUGCACCCCCCCCCCAACAUACCAUACCAUAUUGUCUGUGGUAGAUUGUUGUAAACCCUUUUUCUUGUUGGCAUUUUACCCCUUUGAAUGUUCCAUUGUUUCAACAUAACAUUGGAUAGGUACAUCUUAUAACAAGGCGUAGGCCUGUCAUGUCACAUGUAGAGUCAUGCCGUUGAUGUUAUGUGUGUCAUUAAUGGUUGCAGUCCUACUGUUUAAAAUAAGAAUUAUGUUUAAGUCCAACUGGUCACUCCUCUGAUGUUAGUUUUUGGUUUUACAUUUUAUAAUUACAGAUUACAAGCCUGUGAUAACUGAGUGUCAGUUGACAAUCAUUUACAUGUUGUUUUGCUGAAUCGUGAGAGGCUACGAUUUCCAACAUCAUAGUCAUAUGACUGGGAUGUGGUUUACCAUUGUCUGUUGUGAAGGGCUGUGGGAUGUUUCUAUGUUUAUUCUCUCUGACUGAUACGUUUGUACCUACCAAAACUAUAUGAUAUCCAUAUCUUAGACAUGAACCCCUUCUUUUAGAUACAUUUGAAAAAUGUGUUGAUUAUUUGUGACAGCUUUCCCUAUCUGACACCUGUAUGUGAACUGACAGAAGUUAUUGCUAAAUAUUCACAUAGAUUUGUUAUUCCUUUAAUGAAAUUGGCCUGUCGUUUCCAAGGUGGAGUUAUUGAGACUAACAAAUGAGGAGUGUAUGAAAUUAGGUAGAUUAAAGAUUACUGCACUGCAAAUAGUACAGUGGUUCUUUUGAUAUUUAAAGAUGUGCAAACAAGACAAUUUAUUUGUGUGUUCCAUGACAGAUUUGGAAUGCAAACCUUGAAUUUGGACAGACAAUUGCUUAUAUCUUUCCACUAUUUCUCCCCCAUUGUGCAGUCCUAGUAUUAUUUAUAUUCAUUAUAUCCUGCUGAGAUGUUUGCUCUGAAAUGAUUGAAGUGAUAUUUUUUCCUCUUUGGAAAUUGCCUGAAUGUUUAUGUAGUUUUUUUUGUCAUACAGUAUUUAAACCUCGAAUCUCAUCUUCAUAAAUUUGGAAGAAAAAUAAAGGUUGCUUCUUUCGCUAAGUGAUGAACAGUU